CGUUUCCGCCUCCUGUCCUCCGGAAAGGUGCCCGCCUCUUGCCUUCCUGCCCGGCGCCCGAUUUCCGCCUUCCGACCCAGCUGUGGGCUGCGCCCCCCGCCAGCCCGCGCCCCGCAUGGCUGCCGCGGGGGCCAGACCUGUGGAGCUGGGCUUCGCCGAGUCGGCGCCGGCGUGGCGACUGCGCAGCGAGCAGUUCCCCAGCAAGGUAGGCGGGCGGCCAGCAUGGCUGGGCGCGGCCGGGCUGCCGGGGCCCCGGGCCCUGGCCUGCGAGCUGUGCGGCCGCCCGCUCUCCUUCCUGCUGCAGGUGUACGCGCCGCUGCCCGGCCGCCCGGACGCCUUCCACCGCUGCAUCUUCCUCUUCUGCUGCCGCGAGCAGCCGUGCUGUGCCGGCCUGCGAGUUUUUAGGAAUCAACUACCCAGGAAAAACGAUUUUUACUCAUAUGAGCCACCUUCUGAGAAUCCUCCCCCAGAAACAGGAGAAUCAGUGUGUCUCCAGCUUAAGUCUGGUGCUCAUCUCUGCAGGGUUUGUGGCUGUUUAGGCCCCAAAACGUGCUCCAGAUGCCACAAAGCAUAUUACUGCAGCAAGGAGCAUCAGACCCUAGACUGGAGAUUGGGACAUAAGCAGGCUUGUGCACAACCAGAUCAUCUGGACCAUAUAAUUCCAGACCACAACUUCCUUUUUCCAGAAUUUGAAAUUGUAAUAGAAACAGAAGAUGAGAUUAUGCCUGAGGUUGUGGAAAAGGAAGAUUACUCAGAGAUUAUAGAGAGCAUGGAUUCUUAGAUAUGGCAGAGGUAUUGCCCCCAUCUGGAUUUCUGGUGAAAAUAUUCCUCAAGAAAAGGAUAUUCCAGAUUGCCCCUGUGGUGCCAAGAGAAUAUUGGAAUUCCAGGUAUGACCCUUAAAUAAGGACCAUUUGGUGUGUAAUCACCAUGAUUGUUUUUAAACAUUAAAAACUUCACCAAGGUAAUUUGUGCACAUGGGUCAACAUGGCAGUAUGGAAGGGUGCCCUAUGAUGAAAAUCAUCAGUUUCCUGCCUCACCUUGGGGCUAGUUCCCUGGAAGGAACUGUCUUUUUUCUGUUUCUUAGUUUUCAGACACGGUCUGUUGACUGACUUCUGUGACGAUGAGGAUAUCUACACUGCUCUCCACCUCCAGUGUGGUUAUGUCAUUAUUAUUAGUGCCUCUGUUAACUUUUGUUAUUUUAAAUAAUUUAUACCUUCCUUUCUUGUUCCAUUAAUUAAAGUCUUUGACUCCAUACUUUAUGAGAGGAGUCUUUACUGUUUAAUCUUGGUUUGUGGAUUUGUUAGAACAAAUGGAUAUAAGCAUUAAAGAUAAAUGUCCUCCCCUGCCCAAAAGGAUUUGUUAGCAUCAAAAUCCAUUUGGGUAGGGUGGAAAUGCUCUUGAGCUAUGGAUUCACUAACCUUACCAAAGUCAUAGCUAAUACUGGUUUGUUUCUUUGGGUAAAAAAGGAAUUAUGAGGACCAUACACAAAACUCUGCUUGGUUCUUAGUGCCAAAGCUCUCAAUGUCCAAAUUGAGGUGACAGGAUUUGUAUAAAGUGAUUCCAUAUCAGGGUGGCUAUUCUGUCUAUUCACUCUUUCAGUUAGACUACUUCUAAGAUUCCUCUCUGGUCUCUAUAACUACACUGACAGAUGUCCUUUCUGUACUCAUUACUAGUAAUUACUGUUUCUUGAGUCAAGAGUAACAACAUCUGCAAUGAUACAAAGUGAAAGUUGCCCAAAUAGAAGCCUCAGCCCUUUUGAGUGACAUAUUAGUAAUGAAAAUAAUUCAUUAACAGCCACUUGUGAACUUCUUUCUCAAAUGGAAAAGACCAAACAGAAGGUGAGAGGGGCUUUGAAGUCAUAAGGAAGUUUUAGAUUGUUAAACACGUUAAUUGUAUAAUGUCUAUAAUCCUGCUUUGUAGUAUGAGGAUUGAAAGACCAAGAUCCCUAUAAUCAUCCUGGCUGAGGUCUCGUGCUCCCUGCUGUGAAGCAGCUUUCUAACUGUGUGUCACCCUCUUCUCAGGUCAUGCCUCAGCUCCUAAACUACCUGAAGGCUGACAGACUGGGCAAGAGCAUUGACUGGGGCAUCCUGGCUGUCUUCACCUGUGCUGAGAGCUGCAGCUUGGGUACUGGCUAUACAGAAGAAUUUGUGUGGAAGCAGGAUGUAACAGAUACACCGUAAAGGCAUCUUAAAGCCUUGAAAAAUGUUAAUAAUCUUUUAUACCUUGCAAUUCCAUUUCUGGGAUUUUAUCCUAAGGAAAUACUUAUACCAAAAAUAGAGGUGCAGAGAUGUUGAUGAAUUGCUUACACAGUGUCUACUUAUUAGUGAAACAAAAGUGUCCAGUGACAGGGAAUUAAAUAAAUUUUGGUACAUCCACAGUGGAAGGCUACAGUCUUAAUUAUAACACCUAUAUUGACAACAGACAUACCAUUAUAGGUGGUAUUCAUGGUAUGAGUCUAUUCUUGUAAAAAUAUUUGUAUGCACAGAAAUCUGCAAAGAUGUACACUUAGUGCACUGGUUACCAACGAAUGGUGGGACUAACUAAAAUGGUCUUUUUACUUAUAUGUGCAUUUCUUUUUAUAAUAAAAAUGGGUUAUGUGCCUAAUGAAGUCAAA